AUGUCCCAGCAACCAACAUCAUCAUCCUCUCAGGCUCAUCGUCAUCACCAUCCACAACUCACUGAUACGGUACUUAUGGUGAGACCCGUAGAUUUUGCCUUUAACGAACAAACGGCUGUGGAUAAUGAAUUUCAGAAUAGAAUAGAGGACAAAUCAGCUUCUCAAAUUCGGGAUGAUGCUCUCUCAGAGUUUGACCAGUCCGUGAAGAAUUUGCGAGAGGCUGGUGUACAAGUUUUGGUUUUGGAGGCUCCUAAAACUCCACUCUCUACCAAGGUUCCUGAUGCUGUGUUUCCAAAUAACUGGUUCUCAACAUGUGCUGAUGGGACUGUAUUUACCUAUCCAAUGUUCACACCAAACAGAAGAGCCGAAGUUGAACGCUUGAAUGAUGUCUUGGAAUUGUUGAAAGGCGCCAAUCUCACAGUGUCUCGUGUGAUUGAAAUGCACAACGUACCUUCAUCAUUGGCUUUGGAAGGUACUGGUUGUAUGGUCUUUGAUCAUUUGAACGGUGUGGUGUAUGCAAACUUGUCAGAGAGAUGCAAUGCCAAACAAUUAGAACAAUUUGUUCAACAUACGAAUGGAGCUAAAACCGAGUUGGUGACUUUUAGAACCAAGAGCUCAAAUGGAAAGGAGUUUUACCAUACAAACGUCAUGCUCAGCAUUGGUGAAGACUUUGCUAUUGUUUGCUCGGCAGUCAUUGUCGAAGAGGACAGAGAAAAGGUAAUGUCUGCACUGAGAAAAACAAGAAAAACAGUGAUUGAUUUGACUAUUGAACAAACUGAAAAGUUCAUGUGUGCCAACGUCUUGCAAUUAUGCACCAAGACUGGAGGAAAAGUUAUUGUCAUGUCUGAUUCUGCAUACAAUGGAUUUACGGAAGAGCAACGAAACUUGUUGGAAAAGGAACACGGAAAGUUGGUGCUGUUCCCAAUUAGUAAGACCAUUGAAAAGAUUGGUGGUGGAAGUGCCCGAUGUAUGGUUGCAGAAGUUUUCAACCCUUCACAAACCGAUGUCAAAUAA